AUGGUCAGUACCGAUUUCAGCUUAUGCGGUCAGAGAAGCAAGCUGAUAUGGUGGCAGUCUAUCACACGAGUCAUCGCCGAGCUGGUUCUCACCGGCGCAAGGGUAUUCGGAAAGGCGACUGCUGCUGCCGGCGCACAAGCUGUACGGAACUUCAAGCACAAGCCUGAUGGAGCACCCUCCAACGCACCAAUAGGGACCGGCGGCUCCAAAUCGCAAAUAACAAAUCAGCUCAACAUGUCGCUGGACGAGGCACAUUUGAUCUUGAAUGUGAAGAAGGAAGAUCCAUUAGAGGUCAUUGAAAAGAGUUAUGACCGAAUCUUCGCCGCCAACUCCCCUCCCGCUCCCCCAUCGACCACCCCACCCGCAGCCGGUGCACCUGGCGCCGCAGGAGCUCGUCCAACUCCAACACUCACACCGGCGCAAGCGGCAGCAGCGAGAAGAGCGGCAAAGGUGCCGACACAUUCACAUUACUUGCAGAGUAAGGUGUAUAGGGCGUUGGAGCGGAUAAAGGCGGAGAGGGAGACUGGGGCCACACCACCAGCAGGACCAGCGGCGGGCGAGGCUGGGGCGGCAGGAAAGGGAGAAGCUGGGUCAUCAUCAUGA